GGAACUACGUCUCUGCCUCCAUGAUUUAGAAGCCCGUGAUUGGAACAAUCUGGCACCGCAAGUACAAUACACACAUCGAAUCGUUUUACUGCGAUAUAUUUCUCAUAAACGAUACGGGGAAUCCCCGAAAAGGUUUUAAGAGAAUCUUAUUCUCUGUUCAAAAUUGCUCGAUAUCAUCCUUGAGUCCCUGCUGUGACCGUGACUCUGAACGACAGCAUGACAGAUAAUGAAGAACCCAUUUUGACCAGGGAAGCAACGUUAACAGUGCAAUCACCACUGAUUAAGCUCAAGCGUUGGCAAUGGUGGCUUCUUGUUGGAAUCAAUAUCUUCUUCUUAGUUGCAGGACAGUCUGCUGCUGUUCUUCUGGGCAGAUUUUAUUAUGACCAGGGUGGAAAUAGUAAAUGGAUGGCCACCCUAGUCCAGACUGCUGCUUUCCCAAUUCUUUACAUGCCACUCUUCCUUCUUUCUUCAUCCAGGGAAUCUUCAUCCCCCUCGACCUCUAAUGCUGUCCUUGCAUUGAUAUACUUCCUUCUGGGAGCUAUGAUAGCUGGUGACAACUUGUUAUAUUCAGUCGGGCUGUCUUACCUCUCAGCAUCUACCUAUUCCCUACUUUGUGCAACACAAUUAGCUUUUAAUGCUGUGUUCUCAUAUUUCAUCAACUCCCAGAAGUUCACUGCUUUAAUAUUUAACUCUGUGAUUGCCCUCUCAUUAUCUGCUGCUCUCAUCGCUGUCAAUGAUGACUCUGGAGAACCAUCUGGAGUUUCAAAGUGGCAUUACAUUGUCGGCUUCAUUUCUACCAUUGGUGCUUCAGCACUAUACUCUCUUUUGCUUUCAUUGAUGCAGUUUUCCUUUGAGAAGGUCUUGAAAAGGGAAACGUUCUCCGUGGUUUUGGAAAUGCAAAUAUAUACAUCACUUGUUGCAACUGUGGUUUCAGUUGUGGGCCUCUUUGCAAGCGGUGAUUGGAAUACUUUGCCUGUGGAAAUGGCAAACUUUCAAAAGGGCAGAGUUUCAUAUGUGAUGACUUUAGUUUGGACAGCAGUAACUUGGCAGGUUUGUUCUGUUGGUGUUGUAGGCUUGAUUUUUGUGGUGUCUUCCCUCUUCUCAAACGUAAUCAGUACUGUUGCAUUGGCUGUGAGUCCCAUUGCUGCCGUGAUUGUUUUCCAUGACAAAAUGAAUGGCGUGAAGGUAAUCGCUAUGCUCAUGGCGAUUUGGGGUUUCGCUUCUUAUAUUUAUCAGAAUUACCUUGAUGAUUCUAAGGUGAGAAAAACGCUAAGUGAUGGCGAUCAAACCCAUAAUGAUUCUUUCUGCUGAAUACACUGAUUAGCCGAAAGGAAUAUCGCUGGAUCAUCUUUUAUCACUUCUUUCUUCUACUAUCACUGAUCCCUUUAUGGAAGUUUUGUUCAUUUUGCAUUGAUUUCUAUUUUAAGCAAGUACAACCGGUGCAAUUGUCAUUGAUGGAUUUGUUUUGCAUGAAUGAUAUUUCAGUGGGUUCCUGGGAAGCCUGUGAUUAGAAUGGUAUUCACACACAUACAUAUGCAUCUGCAAUUUUAUUCAAUUUUGUAGUACUUUCCCCAAUGAUUAGAUUUUUUUUCAGUGUUUUUUGCUGAUAA